UUUUUAUUCACUUUUGUAUUUCAAGUAUAUGUCAUUAGAUAAUGAAAACAAAAUAAAAAUCUAUGACGAGCAGAGCUUCAGAAAAAUAUAUAAAUAAUAAUAAAUUAAUAAAUUAUUUCUGCUCUUUCAUAAAAUCAAACAAGUAAAAAUGAAACGGCAGGUCCUACAAUCGUUCAAAUCUCUUCAUAAAGCAGGAAAAGUAGUAUUUGAGGGUGAUUUGGCUGCGUUGGAAAAAGUGCGACUGAAAAUAAAUGAUGAAUAUAAGAAAAAUAAAAAUCUGCGAGAUAAGACUGUAAUAGAUGAGAAGAUAAAAUUUUCUAAGGAAGUUGAGAAAGAGUUGAGAAGUUCUGUUAUACAAGCAGUUGAAGUUGCACCUGGAAAAUAUGAAGCUAAAAUACGAUCAGAAACAAUUAAACUGGAUAAUAUACCAUUCAAGGAGACAUGUGAAAUGAAGGUGGAGAAAACUUGAAUCUGCAGUGAAAUUUAAUCAAUGUAUAUAGUGAUAUUUCUAGUCUAAUAAAUAAAUGCAAAAAUAAA